AUGGGUAGAUAUUCAGUAAAGAGGUACAAGACUAAGAGAAGAACAAGGGACUUGGACUUGAUCUACAACGAUCUGGCCACUAAGGAGUCUGUGCAGAAGCUUCUGAACCAGCCAUUGGACGAAACCAAGGCGGGGCUGGGGCAACAUUACUGCAUACACUGUGCAAAGUACAUGGAGACUGCUAUAGCGCUGAAGACGCAUUUGAAGGGGAAGGUGCACAAGAGAAGGGUUAGGGAACUGAAGGGUGUCCCCUACACGCAGGAGGUGUCUGACGCUGCUGCGGGCUACAACUUGAACAAGUUCUUGGACCGCGUGAAAGAUAUCACACACUCUGUGGGUCCAGAGAAGGAGUCCAACGAGGUCUUACUGAAAGAGCAUUUGGACAACGCCUUGGCGAACGUUGCCACGACAGAACCCACUCUGCCGUGGGCAGCCCCAGACGCUGAGGCUGCUGACGCUGAGGCUGCUGCCGCUGCUGCUGCCCCAGUAGAAGCCGAGCCUACUGCUCAACCAUAA